UGCAUCGAAGCGGCGGUAUAUAACGUGUGCCGCUGAGCGAACGGCAUCAGAUCCAUCUGAAACUACCAGUCAUCAUGAACGCUAAGGUCCUGCUUCUGGUGUGUCUUGCAGCUGUUGUUGCUGCAGACAGUUUUGAAUCUGCUGAAUCAGGUGAAUACAACUUCAACUGGGCCGUCAAACACGACGACUCCGGCAACGACUUCGGACACCAGGAAGCCCGCAAUGGAGACAACACUCAGGGAUCCUACUACGUGCAGCUCCCCGACGGCCGCCUGCAGACCGUGAGGUACGUCGUGGACGGCGACGACGGCUACGUGGCCGAGGUCAGCUACGAGGGCGAGGCUCGUUACCCCGACUCCAAUGAAUCAAAGUGAAGAGAUUCUAUUGGCCACAACAUGAAAUGAAGCGACCAGGAACACACCCACUUAAUAGUCUGUCUAAUGUUAAUUACAACUUACAUUAUAUGUCCAGCUCAAAGCUAGAAUGAUCUGUCACCUGGAUUGCUAAUGUAAUUCCCACCAGUCUUUCCAUUCUCUGCUAGGGAGUGCUCUAGGAGAGAACCUUAUGCUGUAAAAAUGCCUUUUAUUGUUUAUAUUAUUGCUUUCCAAUAAAUUAUCUCCGUAUCAA